AAACGCAACUACUGCACCAAAAAAUGUGAUGUUAAAACCAGCCAAGUAAGUUUUAGUUCAAGUGCAGGGUGUUUAUGUCCGAAAUGUGCAGAUGAAGUGGAGAAAAUGACCCGCACAACAAAACGCGGAAAAUUAGUGAGUCACCGUUGCUGCCCGAACCGCUAUGGUGGGGGGGACACCAGGGCAAAGAGUAAUGAAAGGUACUUCCUGCCUCGAAGACAUAGUGACGUCGCACUUUCAGAAAAUACCGCCUCACAUCGCUUUCAUUCAUUUUCAAGAUGGUAAUACAAUUUCAGCCACUAAAUUACAUGCUUAUGUUUUGGUUUCAAUGUAAAUGAUCUUAAAGGCAACAUAACAUGAAGCGAUACGAGUGUUUGGCUAAACCGGAUGUUAGCGUGAUAUUUAUCUUGCGUUGAACUUUAUGCCGAUACAAACACUGCACAUUAGAUGUGCCUCCAAUUGACUUUGAAGGAUGAACGCAAAGAAAGUAGUUCUCAACUCCAGACCAGGUUGGUACUUUUUGUUAAGCCUGUCAAUCCAGGGAAUGUUCCAAAGACUUGUCUAUCAUGCCUUUUGCAGCAUUACUGACUUUUUUUUUUUUACAUUUUUGUUGCUCAUGUUUGUCGAGGGUCAAAUGGGAUUCCAGUUCCUGCAAAUUUCCGCCUGGAAGAGACAACCAUUGCACUUGAUCUGCAACAGGAGGAGGUCCUAGUUAGGACCCUUUAUCUCUCAGUGGACCCUUAUAUGAUGCAGGAUGAAUGAAGACACAGGUGCCGAGUACCUGACUCCAUGGCAGCUGUCGGAGUGUGUGGAUGGCGGAGGGGUCGGCGUGGUGGAAUCAAGCCGACACAGCGCAUUCCGUGAGGGAGACGUGGUCACAUCCUUCAACUGGCCUUGGCAGAGCCAUGCUGCUGUGAAAGGAAGCAUCCUAGAGAAGGUGAAUCCAUCGUUGGUGGAUGGACAUAUUUCCUACUUUCUGGGCGCCGUUGGCAUCACGGGUCUGACUGCACUGUUGGGCAUGAGAGAGAAGGGUCACGUGACCAAAGGUGCCAAUCAAACACUGGUGGUCAGCGGAGCAGCCGGAGCGUGUGGCUCGAUAGCGGGACAGAUUGGCCGCCUAGACGGGUGCACCAGGGUGGUCGGGAUCUGCGGUUCUGAGGAGAAGUGCAAAGCUCUUGUGGAAGUGUUGGGCUUUUCCAGUGCGGUCAACUAUCGGCAACAAGACGUCGCCGGUGGUCUGCGGGAGUGCUGCCCCGAUGGUAUCGACGUUUACUUUGACAACGUGGGAGGAGCCAUCAGUGACGCCGUCAUUGCUCAGUCUCCCUCGCAGAUGAAUGACUGCGGCCACGUCAUCCUGUGUGGCCAGAUCUCGCAGUACAACAAGGACGUCCCCUACCCGCCGCCCUUGAGCCAGGAAACGCAGGAGAAUCUUGACAGGAAGAAGAUCAGCAGGGAGAGAUUCAUGGUGCUCCGUUACAUGAACAAAGCUGACGCUGCCCUGGGUGCUGGAAACCGUCGCGGAUGGCAUCGAAAAUAUGGGAGUUGCCUUCUGCUCAAUGAUGGAAGGGGGAAACCUGGGCAAGCAGAUUAUAAAGAUAUGCCACUGACGACACAAAGCAAUAUAUUGUAUAGAACAUUUUUAUUCCACAGCACUAUAAACCAUUAAUUGAAAAAAACCCAACAAAAAACAUGGUUGCUCCCUUUUUUCCAGUCAUAAACACCCUCUUUCAUUUCUGUGUGUGUGUGUGAACAUACUAAAUGUCAGUGAACAGCAGCGUAUCGUAAAAGCACAGUGGCUGAAGGUUUAUUUAUGUGCACAUCACUUGUACAGGACAGUGACACUCACACUGACACCAGCGGGUAUCAAUUAUCAUUUGAUCGACACUCCCCAUGCUUAAUGAAAUGGCUAGGGAACUAGCGGAGGUGCAGUCUUGUUCGGUAGUGCCCCCUGGAGGGUAGAUGAGGCAUCGUGAGGGAAGCUGUGCACAGUAAUGCUCACUUGAAUGCAUUCAUUUAACAAUAUGCUUGGCAUGUUGUUACAAACACUAGCCUUACAGCCACAAAAGAAACAUUGUUAAGUGAAUACAGUGAAAA